AUGGGCCUGUCCUUCACGAAGAUUUGGACGCGAUUAGUUGGCAAACAGGAUCGCAAGAUCGUGAUGGUGGGUUUGGAUGCAGCGGGUAAGACCACGGUCUUGUACCAGUUGAAGUUGCAGGAGGUGCUGAUGACCAUCCCAACCAUAGGCUUUAACGUGGAGACGGUGGAGUAUCGGAACAUCCGCUUCACUGUUUGGGACAUUGGAGGUCAAGAUAAGAUCCGUUCCCUUUGGAAACACUACUUCCUGGGUGCACAUGGAGUGAUCUUUGUGCUCGAUAGCUCCCUGGCGCUGCAGUUGCGCUUGGAAGAGAUGGGGAAUUUCCCAGACAUGGAGAUUUUAGCCACCAAAAGCUCUGACCGCAAGCGAGUUCAAGAAGCUCGGGAGGAACUGUGGAACAUGUUGCGAGACACCGAGCUGGAGCAGGCGGCAUGUUUGAUCUUGGCCAACAAGCAGGAUCUGCCAGAGGCCAUGAGCUGCAAAGAGGUCGCCGAGGAGCUGCAGCUGCACGAGCUGCGCAGUCACCGGGGACGACACCAUGUGCAGCCCACGAGCGCGGCCCAUGGUGCGUUGGGUGAUCCCUUCGGGCCCAAGAAAGCCGCCCUGGGGAGGUCGUUCGAGGGGCUGCCGGAAUUCGUACAACAGGAAGCCGACUGGAAUGCGCGGCACCAUGUCCUGCACUCGUCGGCGAACCACGAGUUUCACGAGUCCGACAAGGAGUAUUUCUCCAUUUUCCUGGCAGCAAGGAACAAACGCGUGGGGCUUUGCCGAAGCGGCAGAAUGGCAUCACAGCACACCUUUUCCCUUAUAGGCUUCCAGGAGAGCCAAGCGGUGCGGCAGCAAAAGCGGCAGUGGGGCAAACGAGGGGCCGAUGACCCGGAGACAGCAGCAGAGAAGAUCUUGAGGCCGGAUGAUGUGGUGCGCGUACCCGAGGUUCCAGGUAGCACCCUGAUGGUUCCGAGUGUCCUCUAUCAGAUGGUUCCACCGCUUUGUAACAUGUUUGCCAUUGACCUCCAUGGCACGACCUGCACCUUCUCCUUGCCUUCCCGUCCGCCCGCUCGCCGCGCCCCACGGAACGUGCCGGUGCCGGGCGCGCCAAGAGCGCGUGGCGCCGCGGGAAGAGAAGAGGGGCAAUAUGGGAAGAGCGACUACCUCUAUGGGGUCUAUCCCGUGCUCUUGGCGCUCCGUGCGAAGAAGCGCAAAUUCAAGCGACUCUGGGUACAGGGCACAGCAGGUCCCACGACAUUGGAGAAGAAGGAUACGGAGGCGCGUUCUGAAAUCCUCCGCCGCAGCCGCGAGUUGGGUGUGCCCACGGUGACGCAAAUUCAGCGACAAUCAAUCCUCGACUACUACUCGGACCAAAGACCCCAUCAAGGUUUGGUGCUAAAGUGCAGCCCUGCCUAUGUCCGGAAGAUCGAGGAUCUGCCAAGCCCUAGAAGGGGCGCCAUAUGGCUUGCUUUGGAGGGGAUUACGGACCACAUGAAUUUGGGUUCUUUGUUGAGAUCUGCCGCAUUUUUUGGUGUUGAAGGUGUGAUCUGCGAGAGGGGCUGUGCAAAGUAUACGCCCGUAGCAGCAAAAGCCUCUGCCGGUGCAGGUGAGAUGAUUUCCCUGUUCCAAGUGAGAAAGAUGCAAAGCCUACUGCCCAGGGCCCGAGCGCAGGGCUGGUGUGUGUUGGGAGCUGCAUUGCCAGAUGCAGAGAGUCAGGUUGCUUUCAGUCCCUUGGACGACUUCGUCGCUGAAUGCAACGAUGACCACGCGGAGGCUGUGGUACUGCUCCUGGGCCCCGAAGGGCCGGGACUCCGGGCAGAGCUGAAGGAGUGUUGCGAUCGGUUGGUGGGCAUCAGUCGCGUGGGCGACAGUGGUGAUGGCUUGGACUCGCUGAAUGCCGGGGUGGCCGCAGGAGUCUUCCUGCACGCCCUCCGGCAGGCUCUGCCGCGGCCAGGUUGACAUGAAGCACCGCAGUUGGCAGAAAAGGGAUGCAGCUGGUGCAGUGUAAUGACCGAUGGUCACUAAGGUGCUACCCCAGAAGUACUU